CUCUUCGGCAGCACCCCCUGCUCUCUUUCUCUCUCUCUCUCUCUCUACCUUUCUCUCUCUCACGCUCUAUCUUUCUUCUCUUUCUCCUCCUCUCUCCAGCUUACAGAAGUCUCCCAGGCUCCCGGUUUGUCCGUCCGUACAUCUACCUGAUCGUCCGGCAAUCCCACGGAAGCUCCAGCACCAAGCAGAGCACAGAAAGCUGCUGAGAUGGCCAUGAGCAGCAUCCUCAACGCCGCCGACAUCAAGAAAGCCCUAGAUGCAUUCGCAGCGGAGGGGUCGUUUGACCAUAAGAAGUUUUUCGAGAUGGUUGGUCUGAAGGCCAAGUCCGCUGAGGAUGUGAAGAAAGCCUUCCUGGUGUUGGACGCAGACGCCAGCGGAUUCAUAGAGGAGGAGGAGCUCAAGUUCGUCCUGAAGGGAUUUGCCUCAGACGGCAGAGAUCUGACCGACAAAGAAACCAAAGCAUUUUUAAACGAAGCUGACAAGGAUGGAGACGGCAUGAUCGGCAUUGACGAGUUUGUGGCGCUGGUGCACGAGUAAUAGACACCUCCCUAAACUGAUUUGCGCUGCACCGCCCAUCCCCCCGAUAUUCACCCCACCUGUCCCAGUCUGCAGCCGACACCCAACCCCUUCCUCCACCCUCACCCCCCCCUCCCCACGUCCACCUGCCCUCACCAACACUGAGCUCUGUCUUACUCAGCGCACUACUGCUCCUGGCCUGGUGGAGGACGGCCAAGGCCUGGCCCCACAACCCUGCUCACAUAACCGUCCCCCAAUCCCAAGCCCCACCCCUAGCCCCACCCCUGCCCC